AUGGGCCUGUGCUGGGAGAGUCUGCUCUGUUUUUCAGCCAGUGAUUUUGGGCUGUUCCUUUCGGAUGAGGACCCGAAGAAGGGGAUUUGGCUGGAAGCUGGGAAGGCUCUGGACUACUACAUGCUCCGCAAUGGGGACACCAUGGAGUACAAGAAGAAGCAACGUCCGCUCAAGAUUCGCAUGCUGGAUGGGACGGUUAAAACAGUCAUGGUGGACGACUCCAAAACGGUCACGGACAUACUCAUGACAAUCUGUGCUCGGAUUGGCAUCACCAAUCACGACGAGUACUCGCUGGUGCGGGAGAUGAUGGAGGAGAAGAAGGAGGAGAUCACCGGCACUCUCAAGAAGGACAAGACCUUGCUGCGGGAUGAGAAGAAGAUGGAGAAACUCAAGCAGAAGUUGCACACGGACGAUGAGUUGAACUGGCUGGAUCACGGGCGAACGCUGCGCGAGCAAGGUAUCGACGACAGCGAGACGCUGCUGCUGCGACGCAAGUUCUUCUACUCCGACCAGAACGUGGACUCCAGGGACCCUGUGCAGCUCAACCUGCUCUACGUGCAG